GGUGAGAGAGCGUGUGUUUUUUUUUCUAUUUUUCAACAAAACAAACGUUUUUGUUCAGAAAUUUUUUCAUUGUGAUAUUUUUUUAAAUAAAAUAUAAAUGUCUUCACAUUCUGCUACGAAAAUUGAUCAAAAAGAAUACCUUAAAAAGUAUUUGUCAGGCGAUAAAGUUAAGAAAAAGAAAAAAGACAAGAAACACAAAAAAUCUUCAACAUCUGCUGUAAAAGUUAAAAUUAUAGACGAUGAUAUAAAUCAUUUAGAUAAUGGACCAGAAAUUGAUGAAGAAUUGCUGCUGACCGGUGAUGAUGCUCCUCAGAUAGUGGGUGAAUAUAUAGAAGAAAAUCCACGCGAUAGUAAAGUGCCAAAAUGGAAAAGUAUUGUAAAAGAUGAGCCGGAGGAUGAUAGAGCUGACAGUCGGCAAAAUGAAUCAGAUUUAUGGGGCCGCAAGGCGGGCGAUAUGAAAAUCAAGCAGGAAUUUACUGUAGGCAAGAAAAAGCCUAUACGUUCUCCUGAUAACUCUCCACCUAGAAGAAAAGAAAGAAAACGUAGAUCAUCUUCAUCAAGUCCCGAACGAAGGCAGCGAAAUUCUGAUUCACCGUCAAGAAAAUCUAAAAAAGAAAAGUCACCUUCCAGACGUAGGAGAAAUGAGGAAUCUCCAGAUGUUAGACAUAAAAUCAAAAAGGAACCUCUGUCACCAAACUACAGAAAAGGAGAACUGUCUCCUGCUAGACGUCAGGAUACAUCACCACCUCGACGUAGAAGAAAUUCUGAUCAAUCACCGCCAAGAAGAGGAAAAAGUCCUGCUAGAAAUAAAAGGAAAAGAUCUUCCGAUCAAUCUCCUCCCAGAAGAAAUAGAAAAUGUUCAGACGAUAAUUCACCUCCAAGACGUAAAAGAAAUUCUGAUCAAUCACCGCCAAGAAAACACAAAAGUCCGACAAGAAAUGAAAGAAAGAGAUCGCCCGACCAAUCACCUCCAAGAAGAGAAAGAAAACGUUCCGUGGACAAUUCUCCACCUCGACGCAGAAGAGGUUCCGAUCAAUCACCACCCAGAAGAGGCAGAAGUCCAGCAAGAUAUGAAAAAAGAUCUUAUAUUCUAUCGCCACCUGGCCAUGGAAGAGAUUCUGAUCAAUCGCCUCCUAGAAGAGGCAAAAGUCCAGCUAGAAAUGAAAGAAAACGUUCACCAGAUCAAUCGCCACCACGCCGUAGAAGAAAUUCUGAUCAAUCGCCUCCUAGAAGAGGCAAAAGUCCAGCUAGAAAUGAAAGAAAACGUUCACCAGAUCAAUCACCACCUCGCCGAAGAAGAAAGUCAACCGAUCAAUCUCCCCCACGUCGUAGAAGAGACUCUGACCAAUCACCACCAAGAAAAGGUAAUAGCCCUGAUCAAUCACCUCCCAGAAAAAGUCGACGAACACCUGAUCAGUCGCCGCCACGCAGAAGAAGAAAUUCUGAUCAAUCACCUCCAAAAAAACGUUCACCAGAUCAAUCACCACCCCGCAGAAGAAGAGAAACUUCACCGCCAUCACGCAUAAAAAGAGAAAAACUCUCGACCAGCUUAUCGCCGCCUCCGCCCCCACAACGGCGCUCUAGAUGGGAAAAGCAAGAACCAGAGAAAAGUCUAUCACCACCACCCACCCAUAAACCAAAACCUGGCCGUACCUUAGAGGGUAAAAAGGCCGGUUUACAAGAUGCACACUCCCUACAAAAGGAAACCUUGGAAAGACGUAGACAAGAAGAUAUACUUUUCGAGAAAAUGUCUUCAGAUGUAUCCGGUCGUAAUGCCGAGGUACAGGUGCGUUCUACCGGUCGUAAAGGACGGCGAGCAAGAGAAGCUGGCGAAGAAGAUCCCGAAGAACGUAGACGCAAAGAGGAGCACGAAGAAAAGAAAAAACUACUCUACGAUCGUUGGGGCAAGGGUCUCAAACAAAUCGAAGAUCACAAAAAUCGCAUGCUCGAGCAGGAACAUGAAAGCAGUAAACCUUUGGCUCGCUACGAAAACGAUGAAGAUCUCGAGCGACAUCUUAAAGAACAGGAAAGAGCCGAGGAUCCCAUGCUACAGUAUAUGCGACAAAAACGUAAGGAGAAAGAAAAACAAUCGGGUAAACCACAAAUUCCCCGCUAUGAGGGCUCUUUUCCCGAAAAUCGUUUCGGCAUUCGUCCCGGUUAUCGUUGGGAUGGUGUAGAUCGUUCGAAUGGUUUCGAAAAGAAAUACUUUGCGGUACAGAAUGAGAGACGAGCACGACAGGAAGAAGCCUAUAAGUAUAGUGUAGAAGAUAUGUAAGGAGUUUAUCUUUAUAUAUGAUAAGAUAUUUGUCUAUUGUUAAAAUUAUUCUUUAUAGUUUUUUAUUAAAUAACUUUAAUAUGUAUAUGUAUUUGUGUAAAAAAAUAAAGUAUCAUUUUAUUUUUCUUAA